GUAGUGCGGGCUGGGACCCAGGAGGGUUUUCUGCAAGCUCUCUCGGUAGGAGCGUUUCGAGACCAAAUGCCGGACACGUCGGAUUUUGAGUGUCCGUGUGGCGAUGCAUGAGGUUACUUUUUGUGUCGGAUUUUGAGUGUGUAUGGCGAUGCACAACCUCUCGAAUUUAGGGUUUCGGAGAGUGGUGUGGCCAGGUCAAUUGUUGUUACUCGAUGGGGCCGCGGGAAGCAGAAGGGAUGCCCAGCUAAGCUACUGGCAAGAUGCUCGGUCUUUGCGUUAGUCCCAGCCCCCCUGCCCCCGGCGGGCCCACCCUACUCCCUGAACACCACUAAUUAGGGUGGGGGCCAACAGGCAUCCCCUUGAUUGUGAGAGGUAGCUAUUCUUGCAGGAGUCCUCUGUAUAAGCUUAGGAGUAGUGUUCGGUCGGAAGGGUUCAGUCACGCGCGCUUGAGAGACAACGGGGAGUGAUGAUGGCUAAUGGAGACCUGCGAAGCCGUGCUGGUUUGAUUUUGACAAACAAACAUUGACGUUGUAGGACGAGAGGAGAGCGGUUAAGGCCGGGAGGGGUUUGAUGGUGGUAAUCGUAGAAAGUAGUUAAAGGAGAAUGGUGAAGUGUAGAGAGAUUUGGUCAUCGCCGUGGGUAUGACUUCCGGGCGACCAGGUCGGCGUCUUGAGCAUGUAAGUCCGACGAAAAAGGAGCUAUACGAGGUAGGAGGACAUGCACUCUCGCCGUCAGCACCGUUAUCGGACAUAACAGCCGUCUCCUCUCGCCAUGGCUUCCCGUUAUGAGCCCGCAUCGUUGAUUUUUGGGCCGUCUUCAGUUUUUCAUGUGCUAUCGAUUUCGCCCCUAUCUCACCCCCCUGUUCCCUUUUGCCUCCGGACUGUUUCCGGGUAGUCAGGCUUCAAUUCAUCAUGGUUCGGCUUGGGCCCCUGCUCAGGCGUGUGAUAGCACACCAUCAGCGCUCAUCCUCAUGUCAGAUUGACGUCAUCGUCGCGCACCUUUGUUUUUCUCAAUUCUCUUGUGCAACCGGCUUUCUUCGCCUGAUCUCCUAAACGCAUUCGCAUUCCUUUCUUUCUAGACCGUUUGCCCGCCUACUUUUUAAUUUGUAAGCGCUCUGUCCUUUUUCGUCGGCGUUUCUGCACUCAUCAAGUCAUCACCUACCUUCUCUCACGUUCUGUUCAGUGGUUUCUGUGUUUUGGUGCACUGAUUUUUGCCCAUCCUCUGGCACUGAAUCGGCGAUGUGGAGACGAGUACAUCGGACGGCGCGGACAGCUGUCUGACAGGAUAGGCACAUGUAAGUAAAACUCGAAAUCGUCAGGGAAGAGGUCAUCGAGCUGGAUGGCUGCGGUAACGGUUAAAGGUGAGAAAGAGGCUACUCCCGAGAAAAACGGCGUGGUUAACCAACAGCAGGCGCAGGAGGGGCGCCAUCCCUCGGCUGCCGCGGCCGCUUUCGGUGCCAUUGCCGCUUCCGCUGGGGCUUCGGUAUCUUCUUCCAACGACCAAAUUGUCAAGGAAGAGCGUCAUGUGGGUGAUUGGCGCGGAGGAGGAGGAGGAGGAGAAGAAGGGGGAGAAGGCGAUGGCGCUGGAGGAGGACAAAUGGUAGGGGUAGGUGAGGUGAAGCAAACUAACGGCGAUCAAGGGAGUGAAGUCGUGAUACUUAGUAGCAAGGAACAGAAUGGGAUGCAACACCAGCAGGCGCAACAGCAAUAUCAGCAUGAAAUAGCCAGGAAGCACUGUGCAGGUGCAGCGCCGACGGAAACGGGGGUUCCACUCGACUCGAUGGAUAUGCGCUUCCUGAAGUUUUCCGAGCAAUUCGUGGAAAAUAAGGGUCUACUUACUCAUGGGCUGGAAUUGUUUCGAAGAACGAAAGAUAUGAUGAAGGCAAAUGGAGGUUUUCACUCAAGCAACCCGGACGAUACUGAGAGGUUGUGGCGGGCAUGUGUUCUUCUGGUUGUGAAGAAGGCAAAUUUUCAAGCAGGAAGGGAAAUAGAGAAAAAAUCCAACAGCGGCAAUACAACGGGGUUUACGCUUAUGCAGCUGCUGCAAAAAUCCAACGUAACUCUGGUGGACUUCCUGCGGGAGAUCACGCACUUUUUGUCUAAAGCGACGCCUGUGCUUAGGAGUCUAGGGUAUCCCGAAACUAGGGCAGACAUAGAGAGAAGCCUUCAGAUUAGGGAGAUAAAGGAGAGCUUUGUACAGAUGGCGGUUCUAUAUAAUCAUUAUCGGAAGGAGUUCUACGAACAAUUCCUGGUUGAUGAACGCAUGUGUAUCGAUUCCCGCGAUGGCGGUGGUGGAGGGUGGGGGGUGACAAGUGAGGGGAUAGUGUCCAGAGACGUGAACAUUCAUUUCGCGUUUGGUUGGAUCCUGUUCCUCUUCCUGAAGACGCACAUCCAUCUAUCCUACAUCGAUUUGGUCACAUCAACAAAUUUGCUUCUGUGCGUUUUGACGGUUUUGAUGAUACACAUCCCCUUGCCGCGAGCAUCUUUAGAGGACGUCAAGAAGUUCCCCGAACGGGGCGUUGAUGGCGUCGACGUGUUGGCAUCGCUGUGUGCCACUCAUUAUGCCUGCGUGGAAGAUGUUGUCAGACUGAUGCAACGAGUGAAUGCGAAGAUCAGCGAAGCGCUUCGAAGGCCCGCCACUCCGGCUCCCCUCUUCAAAACCUCUGGUCGCCUUGAUGGGUUGAAAACGGAUGGCUUGGUCUAUUUCGACGGGCUGAUGGACAGUGGUCUCGAAAGCAACCUCAAAGUGUUUGAACGUGCAUACGAGGUUUGGUACUACACAGUUGGGGACGUCGAUGAAAGAAUCGUACUGAGCAGCGACGGAAGCAGCCUCGGCAAUCCAGCUUGCUUGACACCCAACGUCGGAGCCAAGCGAGGUCAUACGACGCAGGGUACAGCAGCGGGGCAUGCGCUGCAUAUGGCGAACUCUCUGACUCCAGCUUCACCACUGUCGACCCUAGCUGCCUCACCAUACUCCUCUCCUGUAAAGCUCUGGCCACAAGGUUCGGUCUUGCCUCCGGCGACACCCGUCAGCACGGCAAUGAACACAGCAAGGUGGUUACGCCUCCACGUUGUGAACUGUCCGAUGGAGCCGUCCGGAGAGUUGCUGCAUUAUCUUCGCAGUCCUACCGAAGACUUCAUUUCCGCUGUUCACUAUCGUGCACAGAUUCUGUUGGAGAGAGUUUUCAUUGCUGCCUCUUCGGAGCCGCAGUGGAAGCAGUUUGGAAUAGCUCAUCUGCAGAACAAGGCUUUUGGCUUGGUGACAGCAGACGGAGCUUGGGCCGAACUGAGAGCACAAGAAGCGCUGAAGCUGUAUUACCGAAUACUUUUGUCGAUGUUAAAGGCGGAGUCGAAUAGGCUGAAAACCAGCAAUUUGUCGACUCUUGUGGGCAACGAGAUGUUUCAUCGCACGCUGCUGGGCUGCUGUUCGGAGGUGGUGUUGGCAAGCCACAAAACAGUGACUGUGACAUUUCCUGGUGUGCUCGAUCCAACGGGUAUCACUGCCUUUGACUUGAGCAGAAUGGUUGAGGCGUUUGUGAGGCACGAAGACGCGCUGCCGAAGGAGCUGAAGCGGCACUUCAACUCGAUCGAGGAGCGAAUCCUCGAGAACAUGGCCUGGGAAAAGGGUUCGUCGUUGUACAAUGUACUGGGGAUUGCAAAACCGUCGCAAUCGGAAGAAAUUCAACGAUUGCAGCUGCUCCCAGAUCCUCCACCGUCGCUCGAGACGCUCAGACUUCCGGCCUCGAAGGUUCCUUGUCCGGAUCCCUGUCCAGUGGCCAUGGAACAUGCGGGAUCGGGGACUUGUGGAAAUGUUUUAUCCCUCACAUCUAUGGCCUCACCUCAGAGAAGCAAUCGCAGCACGUCAGACGGGGUUUCAGCUGCUGCUGGUCCCUCUGCAACUGCCUCGUCUGCCAUUCCAGCGUGCUUAUCGCUGCCAGUUAUUCCUUCUGCUGGCGAAAGAUGUCCACUUCACCCUUCCUCAGCGGGAUCAGCAAUAGCAGUUGCAAAUGGAGUGAGCUGUGCUUCUCUCGGAGAGCCUUCAGGAGGAGAGGGAGUAGAAGGGGGUGGUGAUCAAGCUCGAGAUGGUGGCGGGGGGUGCGGGGGGGGGGUCGUGAAUGCUGUAACAUCGCCUGCCAAAGAUCAUACUUCAGCUUUCCAGACGUUUUGUCCUAUAGGGAAAUCAAGGGUGACUGCUGGAAACACAGCCCCACAAUCAAUGUCUGCGAGUUCACAGACACUUUUUACCGGUGGCAGCACUUCUGAGGCAGGUGCUGGGACGGUUCUCAACAUGUUCUUCCAAAAGAUAAUAAAGUUGGCAGGGGUUCGAAUCGCUCUUCUUUGCAACAUGCUGAGGCUCAACACCAAUGUUGUAGAGCAGGUGAAGAAGGUUGUGGAGCAUACUCUGAAUAACUUGACCAAGUUGUUUUACCAGCGGCACUUAGAUCAGAUAAUUUUGUCAAGUAUCUAUGGGGUAGCCAAGGUGGUGAAACUGAAUACCCCGUUCAAGGAGAUCAUAGCUCAGUACAGAAAGUUGCCUCACUGCAAGCCGCAUGUGUUCCGCAACGUCCUGAUAGAGCAUGCGACAACACGGAAGCUUGCUGAGUUUGGCGAUAUCAUAAAGUUCUACAACGAGGUUUACGUACCAGCUACGAAGUCCUUUCUUCUGACUCUACAUCCAGUUCAGCUUUCCCCUGUGACUCAGACCGCUGCGCCUUAUGUGGUUGGUGGAAGUGAGGUUGCUGGGCAGGGAAACAUCACUCCCAAGCGUCGGAUGAAGAGCAUGGACAACACAACAGAGGGACAAGGUUCAUCACCCAUGAUACUGAGUCAGCCCACUGGUACAGCAAGGACACCAGGCUCUCCCUUCACUCGGUGUGUAUCACCUCUGUCGCCCACCAAGAAAGUAUCUGGACAGCACAAUAUAUGGGUGUCUUCACUUUCUUCAGAGAAGGCAGAGACAUUGAUCCACUCACCCUCCACCCGCCGACUUUAUGCAUUAGUUGGCACAGGUACACAGGAGUACCAGAGCCCAUCACACGACCUGGUGGCAAUAAACAAUAGAAUAAACCCAGGAAGGAGACUUGGAAAGCUCAACUUUGACGACGGGAGGGGGGGCACAAAUUUUGUUCCCGAGAGCUUCAUGGCAGAGCGAGUACCAGAGGGGGCAACUGCAGCAGACAGUUCACCUCAAGCAUUUGCACCGCACCUGCAUCAACAUUGUCCUUCGCAGGAGAUGCACCAGCAAUGCUAUAACAUUGUUGGAGUUAACGGCCUGAGUGUGAAUCCCCGUGAGGAUGCGGGUCAGUCUAUGGACUGGACAAAGUUUUUUGGCCAACCUCCUCCAUCCUCUCCUCUCAAGAAAGCUAGACUGGACCAAUAGGGGCAUUAGAGAAGGGGAUGAUGACUAUCAUGGUGGAGACAAUAACAUUCUGGGGUGAGAACGGAUGAGAAAUGGCAGCAUGGGAGGGGGGAGGAGAGGGCGAAGAGGUGGGGAGGGGGGCAUCAUGGAGUCAUCUUGCAAGACCAUCCCUUGUGACCGUAUUUCAUUGUGUGAAUUGCAACUGGACAGUUCUGAUGAUUCUGUGAACAGUUGUAUAAACUGAGGUGCUGUGAACAGACAAUUUGGCCAAUAAAUAGAUUGAUUGGUGUAUGGAAGGAUGCUGAGACAGGCAAAAAUGCGAGCGGAAGGGAAAGUA